AUGGCUCAGAGAAAUGACAGUCAACAGUUCACUAAUCAUGGUUUUCGGAUGCCAAGAUUCGGCAGGGGAAGAGAUGACAUAAACAGCAGGGCUUCCCAGGUCGUCAACUGUUUGUUGAAAAUAUACAAAUCAACUCUUAAAAUUGCGACAUGGAACGUAAGAAGUAUGUACGAGCCUGGAAAGUUAAGAAACAUAGAGCAGGAGAUGGUGCGACUAAAGAUUGAUGUUGUUGGAAUAAGUGACACAAGAUGGAUUGGUUCGGGUGAACUUAGUACAGAAAAUGGACGAGUUUACUACUCUGGCAAUGAUGACACUCAACACCGCUAUGUAGUGGCCGUAAUUCUUGACAGAAACGUAGUAAAAUCAGUAACAGGCUUGAUACCAAUGUCCGAAAGAGUUAUGUUGCUACAACUGAUGACAACUCACGGAAAACUAAACCUAAUACAAAUUUAUGCUCCUACAGCUGACAAAAACGAAGAAGAGUUAGAAAACUUUUAUAGUGACCUUCAAAAGACAUUACGACUAACUGCAUCUAGAGAUAUAACAGUAGUUAUGGGUGAUUUUAAUGCUAAAAUCGGCGAAGGAAGAUGUGACUCUACAGUAGGGCAGUACGGACUUGGUGUACGCAACGAGAGGGGCGAUCGUCUUGUUGAAUUCUGUCAAGAAAAUAAUCUUGUGGUAACGAAUACGUUUUUCAAACUUCCCAAGAGACGUCUGUAUACAUGGAAAUCACCAGCUGACAAAGACAACAACAUCGUCAGAAAUCAGAUCGAUUACAUCCUAAUAAAACACAGAUAUCGAAACGCAAUAAAAACGAUCAACGCAAACUUAGAAAAAGCCACCACCAAAUCUCAGCAAAAUGAGGAAAGCGCAGAACAACAAUGGCAGUUCCUUGAAACAGCACUUAUAGAACCAAGUAAAAAGGAACUUAUAACAAGCAAACAUAAGAAAGAAGAUUGGAUGACAGACGGAAUCUUGGAGUUAAUGGAUGAAAGAAGAAGAUGCAAGUCAAAUAACAACAUUCGAUACAAGCAGCUACAAAUCCAAAUAAGGCGAAAAAUAAGAGAAGCAAAAGAAACAUACUUCUCUGAUAAAUGUAAGGAGAUAGAAGAUUUACAAAACAAGUAUGACAACUUUAAUCUAAACAAGAAGGUCAAAGAGCUCGCGGGAAUGAAUAAAAGAAAUACUUCAAAUAUACUCCUCGACAAAGAAGGAAAUAUCAUAAUGGAAACUGAACAAAAACUAGAGCGAUGA